UUGGGUGAUUAAAGCAAAAGUAUAUAUGGAGUGCCCAAAUCAAACAGCACCAAAUGAAUUUAUCUUCUCUAGGUUUCCUUGUACAGAAGAAUUAAAGAUGCCCUUGAUUCUCUUCUUCUCAACCAUGUUUGCACUCACCCUUUCUGGAAAUUCUCUGAUCAUCUUGGUGGUGAUCUCGGACCUUCAACUGCACAAGCCCAUGUACUGGUUCCUCUGUCAUCUUUCUAUCCUGGACAUGGCCUUUUCAGCUGUGGUGGUUCCCAAAGUUAUUGCAGGCUUCAAUUCUAGAGGAAAUAUCAUUUCUUUUCCAGGAUGCAUAACACAGGUGUUCUUGUUUAACUCUGUUGGGUGUGCAGAAUGUUUUCUCUACACCUUGAUGGGUUAUGAUCGCUUUUUGGCCAUUUGUAAACCACUCCACUAUAGCAAUAUCAUGAGCUGGAAAACCUGUUUCACCCUCUCCUUGGGUACCAUAAUUGGAGGCAGCCUCAAUUCUGCAUUUCAGACAACUAUCACCUUUCAUGCACCUUAUGGAGAGGACAAUUAUAUUGACUAUGUCUUCUGUGACAUUCCAUCCAUCCUUAGGCUGGUGUGUGUAGACAUAACAUUCAAUGAACUGAUGUUCAUUAUUGACAUAAAUUUUAUAACUAUGACCUGCUUUCUCCUCAUUCUAACCUCUUAUGCUUAUAUCAUCACAGCCAUUUUGAAGAUCAGUAGCAGUGUAGGACAGAAGAGAGCCUUCUCCACUUGCACUGCUCAUCUUACUGUAGUCUGCAUUUAUUUUCUUCCUGUGUUUUAUCGUUAUAUGAGGCCAUCUUCUCAGGACUCCAUGGAUAGUGUGGGAACAAACGCAAAACAUUCACCGAAGAUGGAAUGUUAUAAAAAUAUGUGGACACAGAAGAAUCUAACUGCUUCUACCUGGAGACAUCAAGAUGAGUCCAUCUUGGAGCAACUAAAAAGUAAUUGCUGUCCAUCAAGAAAAAGUUCAUCUGUUUUCCAUGAGGGGCUCAUUGAAUCUUCUGAACAGAAAGAGAAUUGA